AUGGCAAGCUGGGUGGUUCACCAUUGGUUCUCAAUUUUGUUUCUGGUUGUUUGGUUAGGGCUGAAUAUUUACCUGUUUGUAUCUGCAUUUUUAAAUUUUGAGAAGAAUGAAAAGUACUAUUACACAAGAGAAAUUCUUGGGGUAACAUUGGCCGUGGCCCGAGCCUCUGCUCGUUGCUUGAAUUUUAACACCAUGCUUAUCCUGAUUUCUGUGUGUCGUAAUCUGCUGUCAUUCUUGAGAGGCACCUGCUCAUUUUGCAACCGCACAUUGAGAAAGCCAUUGGAUUACAAUCUUACCUUCCAUAAGCUGGUGGCGUAUAUGAUCAGCAUAUUCACAAUUAUUCACAUCAUUGCACACCUGUUUAACUUUGAGCGCUACAGUGGAAGCCAACAGGGCCCAAAUGGAUCUCUGGCCUUUGUUCUUUCUAGCCUGUCUCAUCAUGACAAACAGGGAAACUCUUGGCUAAAUCCCUUCCAGUCCCCAGAUGUGACAGUGAUGUAUAUGACAUUCACUAGUAUUGCUGGUCUCACUGGAGUGAUCAUCACAUUAGCUUUGAUUCUCAUGGUAACCUCAGCUACAGAGUUUAUCCGAAGGAAUUAUUUUGAGCUCUUCUGGUACACCCACCACCUUUUUGUCAUCUAUAUCAUCUGCUUAGUGAUUCAUGGCAUUGGUGGAAUUGUCCGUGGUCAAACAGAGGAAAGCCUGGUUGAUAGUCACCCCAGUGAAUGUGCAGAGUCUUUUCAGAAGUGGGGUGAGAAUAACUCGAACUGUAAGCAUCCUCGAUUUGAGGGACACCCCCCUGAGUCUUGGAAGUGGAUCAUUGCCCCAUUUAUUCUAUAUGUCUUUGAAAAAUUCCUGCGGUUUUGUCGUUCCCAGCAGAAGGUUGUGAUAACCAAGGUAGUUAUGCACCCAUCCAAAGUUCUGGAAUUGCAAAUGCUGAAGCAUGGCUUUAGUAUGGAAGUGGGGCAAUAUAUCUUUGUCAAUUGUCCUUCAAUCUCUUUCCUGGAGUGGCAUCCCUUUACUCUGACCUCUGCUCCAGAGCAAGAUUUCUUUUCCAUUCAUGUCCGAGCAACAGGGGACUGGACAGAAAAUUUCAUAAGGGCAUUUGAACAACAGUAUCCACCAAUGCCUAGGAUCAAGGUGGAUGGACCUUUUGGCACAGUCAGUGAGGAUGUUUUCCAGUAUGAAGUGGCUGUUAUGGUUGGGGCAGGAAUUGGGGUCACUCCCUUUGCUUCCAUCCUGAAAUCCAUCUGGUACAAAUUCCAGCAUGAAGAUCACAAACUCAAAACACAAAAGAUCUAUUUUUACUGGAUCUGCAGGGAAACAGGUGCUUUUGCCUGGUUCAAUGAUCUAUUGACUUCCCUGGAACAGGAGAUGGAGGAAUUAGGCAAAGUGGAUUUCCUAAACUACCGUCUCUUCCUCACUGGAUGGGAUAACAACAUUGCUGGUCAUGCAGCAUUAAAUUUUGACAAAGCCACUGACAUUCUAACAGGUCUGAAACAGAAAACCUUCUUUGGGAGACCAAUGUGGGACAAUGAGUUCUCUACAAUAGCCACUGCCCACCCCAAGUCUGCAGUGGGGGUUUUCUUAUGUGGUCCUCGGACUUUGGCAAAGAGCCUGCGCAAAUGCUGCCACCAAUUCUCCAGUGUGGAUCCUAGGAAAGUUCAAUUCUACUUCAACAAAGAAAACUUCUGA